UUCCCUCCCUUGCUUUAGGUCAUUAGAGCCUACCAACUUCGUAAUGUUACAGUUGACCUUUCCCUGAAUAAGAAAACAGAGCCAAAAAAAAAAAAAAAAAUUCUACUGCAAAAACCAAAAAGAAAAUGAAAAAAAAAUCCAUACUAGCUUUAUUUUCUUCUUUUCAUCCAAAUCACUCACCUUUUUAUAUUCUUUCUACUAACUAAAUUGUACGAACUGUUUGUCUCCAGAAUUCAGCUUUGAACUUCCUGCAAGUCUCCUCUUUUCUUCCGCACCUGAAUUACUUCACAUAUCAGUUCCAUUUUUUUUUUUUGUCUUUCCACUUUUUGCAGUGCAUCAUUCUGUCUUGACUUCUAUUCCAUUCUUUCUUCUCUCGUUUUCAAUUUUGUCUACUUUGUCUCCUAGUCAAGACUCAAGACUCUGUUUUUGUAACUUUUAAAUUGAAAAAACUAGCAUCAGCACAAUUCACUAACUUCAACUGGAAUUGGAACUAUGAAUCCAUAUUUCGUGGUAAAAGAAGAGUAUCUAGGAGCGAGCUCGUCGCAAUCCGGCGAUGAGCGAGUGCCAAUGGCUCUACCACCACAGCCAAUGGAAGGGCUGCAUGAUACAGGACCACCACCAUUCCUGACUAAGACUUUCGAGAUGGUGGAUGACCCAAAUACCAAUUACGUAGUUUCAUGGAGUGCUGAAGGCACUAGCUUUGUAGUAUGGGAUCCUCACUCCUUCUCAACUAGUCUUCUUCCUAGAUACUUCAAGCACAAUAAUUUCUCCAGUUUUGUCAGGCAACUGAACACCUAUGGAUUUAAAAAGAUAGAUCCAGAUAGAUGGGAAUUUGCCAAUGAAGGGUUUUUAAGGGGCCAUAAGCAACUCUUAAAAACCAUCAAAAGAAGAAAGACAACUGCUCCGCCUCUAACUCAACAGCAAGCUUUAGGCGCUUGUGUUGAAGUUGGAAGAUUUGGAUUGGACAGAGAAAUUGAUCAAUUAAAGCGCGACAGGCAACAUCUAAUGAUGGAAUUAGUGAGGCUAAGGCAUCAACAACAGAACACUAGAGCUUAUAUUCAAGCCAUGGAGCAAAGACUACAGGGAACAGAAAUAAAACAGCAGCAAAUGAUGCAAUUCUUGGCUAGAGCAGUACGGAAUCCAGCUUUUUUGCAGCAACUAACACAGCAGAAAGAUAAAAGGAAGGAACUUGAAGAAGCAAUAACAAAGAAGAGAAGAAGGCCUAUUGAGCUAGGUCAAAGAAGUAAUGGUGAUUCAAGCCAUGGUGAUGGGAGUCAAUGUAAUAUUAAUACAAUUAAAACUGAACCUCAGGAGUCUGCAGAUUAUGGAAUUGGAGUUUCGGAGCUGGAAGCACUUGCAUUGGAAAUGCAAGGAUAUAGUAGGGCAAGGAGAGGAGAAGAAGAAGAAGGUGAAGAAGAAGCAGAGCCACCAGAAAGCGGAGACAGAGAACUUGAUGACGGAUUUUGGGAUGAGUUGCUCAGUGAAGGUAAUGGUGAAGGCGAAGAGGAAGAAGGUGUUGAUGUAUUAGCAGAAAGAUUAGGUUAUUUAGGUUCAAGUCAUCAGUAAAGAAAUCAAGCCCUUAUGCAGAUUGGCUGCUCAUCCUCACCACCACCAUCACAAUCACCGAUCAUUGCCUAAAUGAUAAGACCUUACACUCCACAGUCGUUUUUUUAAACAAGUACUCAAUACUUAUAGUUCAGUUAAUUAAAAAUGCCAUAAGGCCAUAAUUUUAUACCUUGAUUUCUUGGUAUUGGCAGGAGAAAUAGGGGAAUAACCGAGAAGUGUACUCAUGCAAAGAAAAAAACGAAUCUUUGUUUCGGUGUUUCUAACCCUUUGUAGUUUCAAUCUUCUUGUCCAUUUUUGUCUACUACAAAUUUAAUAUUUCUCUAAUCUUGAUUAGGUUUGAAGGUGUGCUUGGAACAGAAUCUGGUUGCCUCUAUCAUAUAAGAGAUUGUGUUGAAGCUCUGUAGAAAUGGACAAGGUAUCAAUCAGUGGUUGCUGCAAAAGUUUCAAGAACCACACAAUUAGAAUCAAGUAAACAUCUGGUAGUUAUUUAUCACAACGUCGGUUUCAAUUUUUUACUUUUCAUCUCAGCAAAAAAAGUUUUCUGGUCGGUGAACGAACGGUUUCUUGAUGUUGCAUCUUUCAACCAUAAAGAUAUUUUCCGGGUCAAGUUAUUAUCAGUCAUUUUCCCAGUAACCAUAACCAACAAAUGUGUGCGCACUACGUCUUCGUUGAUGUCCUUAUUACAGUACCAAAAAGCCAUAUUGAAAGGUGCUUCUCGUCCUUCAACCUUUAUAUGAUUACGAUGUAAUAAUAUAACUGUAUAAAAAGGAAAUAUUAAGAAUUUGUGGUUAUGUGACGUUCGUUAGGCAUUUUCAGAUUGAUCUGUCAGCCUCAAAUUCAGAUUUCAUUACUAUUCAAGUAUGAUGUGAAAUCUCCCAAAAAUUGCAUUAUGGGUGCUGUAUUCUGUCAAUUAUGGGACAAAUGAAAUGGUUUCAUUUAGAAAUAUAACAUGAGAACUUUGCAAUCAUGAAUAACAGGAGAUGGUCUGAUUUA